AUGCCUUCAGUAACAAUUAAGGUCGGACGACCAACAGCUGUUGGUGCGGGACAGCCACAGCAACUGCUGGCAAGACCACUUGGUGGCUACGACAUGAACAUGGGAGCUGCUGCUUCACCAGGGAUGUCCUUAGUUAGCAGCGCACAGGCAGGCGCAGCAGCAGCAACAGCAAUCUUAGCAGGCAGAGCUGGUCAGACACCCCAAGGUGAUAUGGCAAGUUUGGUGUCAGUUGGUUCAUUAAGCCCUGACAAGCAGCAAGAGUCAGCGCCAGGCAGCAACAGAAUUUAUGUAGGGAAUGUCCCCUUCGGCUUCUCAUCAGAGGACCUCAAG